AUAUAAACAGUUAUCAAAAUGGCUUCCAAAUACUUAUAAAAAUAUCCAGUACCUGAGGGUUUCCAUUAAAUAUUACAUGAUUUUGCAAGAGAAGUAAAUAGAAAAUUAACAAAAGGUAUUAAGAGAUUAACCAGAUGAUAUAAUUAAGUAUGGUGCAGAUUAUUUUGAAUGUAUGGCAUAAGGAAAGGAAUUUAAAUUUGAAAGCAAAUACAAUAUAGCAAAAGGAGAAGCUCCUGCUAGAGUACACAAGCCACCUAAACCUUCAAACAUGACAGAGAAGGCCAAGAUAGUGGUCGAGAUGUCAAACAACAGGCCUGAUAGUCAACAAGUGAAAAGAGUAGGAUCUGGCAAUCCAAAUAAUGUCUCACAUGUCAGUUCUUAAGGAAGCUUCCCUGAAGAGAAGAAAGCUGCAAAGGAAUAUGUGAAUAAUCUUUACGAUAAGGUAGCAAAAGAUAUUGAUGAAUUUGAGAACCAAAAUAUGGAGCAAACAGAAGAGUUGCCAAAAUUAACUAGUUUCGUAAUCAAAUAUAAUAAUUAUAAUAGGAUGAUAGAGAUAUGCAAAAUAUUAUUAAGAUUUAAGCAGCAGCUAAAGGAAAAAUAGUUCGAAAUUAAGUGAAUAAGAAUCAAAAGAAAUCCAAAGAAGACUUAAAAUAAAAAGAAAAAAUGAUUGAAGAAUAAGAAUAAUAGAUGAUUGAACAAUAAGAACAAUAGAUGAUUGAACAAUAAGAAGAAUGGAUUGUUGAGCAAUAAGAACAAUAGAUCAUAGAGAAGUAAGAAUUAUAAGAAGAUGGAAAUGAAGAUGGAAAUGGAAAUGGAAAUGAAGGUGGAAAUGAAGAUGGAAAUGGAAAUGAAAAAGAAGAUGGAAAUGGAAAUGGAAAUGAAGAUGGAAAUGAAGAUGGAAAUGAAGAUGGAAAUGAAAAUGGAAAUGGAAAUGGAAAUGGAAAUGGAAAUGGAAAUGGAAAUGGAAAUGGAAAUGGAUUUGAAGAUGGCAACUAAACAGGUGAAGUUGAGGAUGUUAAACUUGUUUAGACCCAAAAUGUUGACCUCAAUCAGGAAUUUGGCUAAGAAGAGGAAUGAUCGAAUAAUAAU